AUGGGUAAGUCUCGUAAAAAACCGACUGCAGGCAUUCGAUCCAAACAAUCUGAUCCUGAGAUUGAUAUAUCCGACGACAAUGAUAUGGGUGACGAGAUCGAUAAUUUCUACACUGAACGCGAUGAAAAUCUUCGAACGGCAUUAGCCAAAACAACGAAAAAGCCUUCGAAAAAUAAGAAGAGCGUUUCAUGGGCAUUGAACGAUGAUUCCGACGAAGCGAACGGUCGCGAUGAAGUUCUCGCGUUCGAUGACGAUGAAAGCUCGAUGGGAAGUGAUGCCGAGGAUGAUGACAAUGAUUAUCAACAAAUAUCAGGUGUAGCAGACGACGACGACGAUGAAAAUGGUGAAGGUCUCGAUGAAGAUCUCAAUGGUUCAUGGGGCACAACCCGAAAGAUGUUCUACAACGAAGAUGUCAACGCUAAUGAUGAAGAUGCGAAGUUGGAAGAGCAAGAAGCUGUACAGAUUCAAAGGAAAUAUUAUGAUAUGUUGGAAAAAAGCGACUUUGGCUUGGAUUUAUUUCAAUCGAAGCCAUCGACGGCACUUGCUUCGGAUCGUCAACUUGAUGACCAAACAUCACACCGUCAUGUCAUUUUACCCGAUAAUCUUUUACAAUUGAGUUCCAAUGAACGUUUACAGUUAAUUCGUGAUCAAGCACCUGAAUUGGAACCGUUAUGUAAAGAAUUUAAGAACAUAUUUGAUGAUAUAAAAAUAUACCUUCUACCAUUCGUACAACUUGUCAUCGAUACAUCUUCGUUAGAAGAAUUUCAUUCCUAUCCGGGCUGGCAAUUUGUCCUAUCGAUUCUUGAACUCUAUCUAACUUAUUGUUCGUACUUAAGUUUAUAUUUAAUGAUGAAGUCAAAUGAUUUGAACAUGUCGAAACACCCGAUAAUUAAUGAUAUUGAACAAUAUCGAAAACUCUGUCAAUUGAUCGAUGAAGAUUUUCAAUCGAUGAAGCCCGAUCUCUUGAAACUAUGUGAAUCACUUCAAGAAAAGAAGACUAAUGCGAAUCAAUCCUCAACAUUGGUCCAAAAGGUUCAAGUGGCUAAGCCACGUUUGAUCAUGAGCAGUGGAAUUGAGUUACCAUCUAAGUCAACGAAUGGAAGUUCGUCUGCGAAACCGUCUCUUCGUGAACGUAUGAUGAAGAGACGAGAAGGGCAAACGAAGGUUGAACAUGAUUUGAAAUCCGAGCAAGAAGAAGAAGAAAAACCACAGAAACGUCGUAUUACGUACGAAAUCGAGAAGAAUAAAGGUCUCACCAUCAAACGCAAGAAAGAAAACCGAAAUCCUCGCGUUCGUCAUCGCAAUAAGUAUCAACGUGCACUAACCAAACGUAAAAGUCGUGUGCCAACAGCGCGAACUGAAGAAGAAAGAUAUGUCGGUGAACCGACCGGUAUCCGUGCAGGUAUCAAACGUGGCAUUAAACUUAAAUCUUAA